CGCAGGCUCAAACCCCAGAGAAGAAUUCUGCCUAAUUACGUGCACGCCGAGGCGCUUAGAGGGAAGGGUACAGAUGUUUGCAAUUUGCUUUAAAUGCAUCAAGAAAAUAGAAAAGCACUGACGGGGGCGGCCGCGAGGUGCGUCACAAGCAGCCGCGGGAGCGCGCGCACCGGGCCCGACCUGCCGCAAGGGUGACCAGGCUCCGAGAGGGGAGCUGGGGGACGGCCAGGGAGGCUGUCUGCACCCUGGCUCCACACAGCUUGUGGCCUAGACGGCCCCCGUCACCCCGAAAGGGCUGUGUUCUCCAGGACGGCCUGCAGGGGCGUGGGGUCGGCUCCGUGUCCAGCUGGCUGCAUGGGGAGCGCACACAGGUCACCCCAGAUGCGGUGGGAACCAUCGAAGCCUCCAGAAAGCCGGACACGGAGGGAGCCGGCCCGGGAGCCUCCACCCAGGGUCCCGUCCCCAGCCCCGUCCAGGCAGCAGCCGGGCGCAGACCGGCAGGCCCAUGCCCAGCGCGGCGCCGUCACUGGGGUUGUUGCCUCACCAACCAGCUGUGAACUAAUUACAAGAAGUUCUAACUAGUUGAGUGCCCUCUCCGAGCAUAUGUUCCCAAUUAAGUCAAACUGCAGCUGAUUUUAAUCAAUCUUCCUUGAAGCGGACCAACUUGAAGACUCUUCAGAGGCAGAGAGGAGAGGAGAUUUGCAUAAGGAGCAGGCUGGCAGCGCCGCUGAUAAACACAGGCGGGCUGGUGGGAGCGUUAUGCCCGUCAGGCCGUCAGCACGGCCCAGGCCAUGAGGCACUGGGCACGGACACGCCAGGCCCGGGGGCUUGCGGGCAGGGGCAGCCAGGCGCUCUCCUGCUGCUUCUGGGGUCCUUCACGAUGCCGUGACCUCCCAGGACCCCCCACGUGGCUCAGGUGGCAAAGCAGGACCUGCCUAAGACACCCAGCUGAGGGGCAGGUUGCCAGCCCAGGUCUGCGCCACCACGGCUGCCCACUGUCUCCACGGCCCGUGUCUCCUUCAGAGCCACUUCCUCGCCACGGGGACUGCUCCCUGAGCCAGACACAAGCUCCUUCUCGUCCACCCCGCGGGACCAGAGUGACCUGCGGUCUGGCGGGCUGCCCUCUGGGGUCAGGGCGCAGGCGGGCCUUCCUGCCAGGACCGAACCCGCCCCUUUGCUGCACCUCAGUUCCCAGGCGGGACAGUCAGACAGGAACUGUCACCAGACGGGGGCGUCCCGUCACCUCAGCUUCAAGGUGUAAAGGUCUCUGUGCCCAGCGCACCAGGGGACAGACACGUCGGGGCCGCUGGCAUGGGCGGGGCUGGUGCCGAGGCGGGGGGGACCAGGGCCCCAGAGCCGAGGCUGGUCACUGAGAAUGGUAGCUGGGCCACCACAGACGCAGCCCCGAGGGGCGGGCGGGGUGACGGUGGUGUGAGGGGUCGGGGUGUCUGCUCAGGAGGCCACAGCCCUGAUUCAAAGCCCGGCUCUGCUUCUCCAGCUGGGCGCGCGGGACUAAACCCCUGACCCUCUCUGAGCCAAGUUUCCCCGUCAGGGAGACGGGGCAGCAGACGCCUGAGGGCUGCGGACUCGGAUCCAGGAGGCCUGACGAGGGGACCCAGGGAGCCCUGUGUGACUCAGGCUGACGCUGGCCCGGCAGAGAGGGGCUGUCCAUGGGCAGAGGUGGCCAGGAGCCCGUGUGCUGCGUCUCAGGAUGUGGGUGCUCGAGGCCGGAAUAUAAAUGAGGGACCUGCUGGCUUUUCUCAAGUCAGAGUUGACUGCAGUUCCCCCUUGUGACUCAGCAGGUGAAGGGUCCCGCGUUGUCCCUGCCGGGGCGCGCGUUUGACCCCUGGCCCGGGGACUCCCGCACGGCGUGAGUGCGGCCAAGAGGAAGAAGAAACAAGCCAGCACUUGCUGCCGGGCGCGGACUCUCCCUGUCCCGCAGAUUCCGGGAGCGGCUCUCUCGCCGUCACGCUCCCCCGGGCCCUCCUCCUUCGCCCGGGGGCCGCUGGUUUAAGGGCCCCUCGCUUCACUGCUGAGCGCCGAGACGUCGCCGUUGUUCCGCUUCCUGGUUUCCACUUUGAGCUCCUCGGGCCACAGAGCGGAGCCGCUAGGAACCCGCCGAGGGCUGUGCCGACCCAGGCCGAACGCUCGGGCCCGUGGCUGAGGUGGGUGGACGGAGGGGCCCGCUCCAGGCCUCUGCUGCCGCUCAGCCUCGCGUCCGCCCCCUGCGGGGCGCCGUGGAGCCCCGGCCAGACAGGCCAGGGCCCCCUUCUCCCGCCGGAUCCGUCUUUUUUGGCCCUUGGGGUCUGGGGCUCUGUCGCUCGGCCCUACGCUCAGGACCCUUGUCUUCCGGGCAGACGGGUCCUCAUGUAAUGUCUGUGUCCACAAAACCUUCCCUAAUGUUCUUCAAUUCGUACAAGUCACACCUAGGCGUUCCCGUCGUGGCUCAGGGGCCACGAACCCGACUAGUAUCCACGAGGACGCAGGUUCGAUUCCUGGCCGCACUCAGCGGGUUAAGGAUCCGACGUUGCCGUGAGCUGUGGUGUAGGCCGGCAGCUGUAGCUCUGAUUUGACCCCAAAGACUGGGAACGUCCAUAUGCUUUUUAGGGUGUGGCCCUAAAAAGAAAGAAAAGAAAAAAAGAAAAAAAAGCUACACCUGCUUUGAGAAAUUGUCCGCAGCUCUGACGCUGUGGUGAAGCGGGUCUCUCGUAGGCUCAGCGUGACCAGCCGUGUCUUCAUCACUCUGACCGGGGCAUCUUCGCUCGGAGCCGUCGGCCCGUCGACCUCCAAGGGACCAACCGGCUGCCGUGCCAGUGCUUCCACCUGCCGUUUCCUUCUCUGCUCCUCGCGGUCGCCUCCGUUUCUACCCCGGUUUCUCCUGCCAACGCGUCACGUGCCACGUGCCGGGGGGGCCCCUUCCUUCCGCAAUGCUCCGCGUACAGGGCUCUGGGCCCCAAACCCUCCGGUGCUGUCGCCCCCCCUCAAACGCAGCCCCGCGGCCUGGGACGUCGCCGCAGGCGCUCCGCCUCGCGCACGGUUUCAGAAAAAGGCCGUCUGUCACACGUCCCCGUCUUUCCCCAUCCCGUGUCCUCUCCCUCUGCAGAGCCCACGUUUUCCUGCCGCCUCGGCCCCCGACGCGGAAGGGUUUCUGAGACGUUGCUUGGGGGAGCCCCGUGGGUGAUAAACUGUCUCCGCUUCCCUUUGUCUGAGCACGUCUUGUUUUCCUUUCAUCCCUGAAGAUGUGGCCACUGGCUGACCGUUCUUGUCGCUCAGAACCCGAACAAGGCUCUGCGCGUCACUGUGGCUUCGGCGGUUGCAGAUAAAAAACUUGCUGAUAAAAAACUUGCUGUCCCCCAGACGCGGUGUCCCUGUCGACAACGCAGUGUUUCUCUCUGGCUCCUUUCAAGAUGCUUCCUUGGUGUCUCAUUUUCAGACGAUGAAUGAGCAUGGGCCGUGCUGUGGAUUUCUUGGGUUUUAUACGGCGAGGGCUUCGCUGAGCUUCUUAAGUCUUAGGCCCUUCACCACAUUUGGAAAAUGCUCACUGUCCUUGCCUGAGAUGCUUCCCCGCCUCCACCCCUUCGCUCCCCGCCGGGCCCGCCUUCCAGCCCCGCGGUCCCGAGCCUGUCCUGGCUCGUCUUCAGCCUGCUCCUCGGCUGCUCUGCGAGGCGCUUUCUGUCGACCUGGCUUUGAGUUCACACUGGCUGUCUCGUCUGUCGUCCACGGCUGAGCCCAGCCAGGGAGCUUCUUAUUCUGGUUAUUGGAUGUUCCAGGACCCUAAUUUCUGUUUAGUUCUUCUUUCCUUUCUUUUUAAACAAUUUCUAUGUCUCUGUUGAGGGAACCAUUUUGUCAUUUGUUUAAAGAGAACAUGUAACCGUCGACAGAGGCAUUUUUCGGAUGCUGCUUUAAAAGCCCCGCCGGGGGACGGCAUCUGGUCACCGUGCGAGGUGCGGCUGCGCUGGCUCUGGGGAUGAGGGGCUUGCUGUUACUGCAUCCCGGACACCGAGCAUCACGCUGAGAGACCCGCAUCCCCCUCACCUGCCCCUGGCAGGUGGCCGCCCUGCUCAGGUGCGGUGCCUGGUCCAGGGGAGGUGGAAGCCCCGUGGACCCGAUGCUGUAAAGUGGACCUUGCGGACGGGGGGGUGACACCAGGGCCACCCCGCUGCUGCAGGGCAGGCCCUGUGCUUUGUGUGUGCCUCUGGCCCGGGCCGGUGGGAGGGGUGACGAGCCGCCAUCCUCUCCCCGAUUCUGCCGCCGCCGCGUGGGGUGGGCUCGCGCUCCGCCUGCCCACUGACUCCUCUGAGGGGCGCCUGCUGCUCUGGCUCCUGCUCAGCCCUGCUCACACUCCCUGUGUGGCCUGCUCGGAGUGCUGGGGUCACCGCGCCCGGCUGGCCCAGUGACAUGACAGGGCAGGGACGGGGUGUGGCUGUAGUGGGGAAGGGGCAGGAAGGAGCUCAAGUGGGGGUGCUGGGGUCAGAGGGCUUCCUCUCCGGCUGGGGGCAGGCUUGGGCGUGUGUGCAUGUCGCUGGCUCAGAUGAGGGGCAGCUGAGAAAGCGCAGGGCGCCUGCUGACAGUGUUUCCUCCAGGCAGCCCUGUCCCCCACCGUCCGUGUCCCCUGCCUGCCGUGUCGGGUUCAGGCUCUGGGCCAUAAGGAGGACGACCUGGACGAGCGGGGCCGCUCCAUUUGAGCAGAACCAGGAGUUAAAGAUCCUUUUACAAAGCAGCACUGCCACAGCCCGCCUCUCAUGUGUCUGUGCAGGACACCAGAGAGUCCGUCUGGUGAGGGAGCGAAGAGCAGGCCUCUGGGCACCAGGGAAGGGGCCUGCCCCGGCAAACGGGACGGCGGGACAUGGCCAGUCCUUGCAGGUGGGAGUCUCCCCCGAAGACGUGACCCAGAAGCCAGCCCUGCGGGCCCCAGGGGAAGGGCCACAGUCACCCAGGAGAGGCCACAGUGGGAGGCCCAGGCAGAGGGCAGCUCCGAGGAGGAGCGGCUCAGGGAGUUCCCACCACGGCUCAGAGGAAGCGAAUCUGACUAGUAUCCAUGAGGAGGCGGUUCGGCCCUGCCAGAGCGCAUGUGACCCCCAGGACGCCGGCAGGAGACGGCUCUUCAGGCGUCAGGGAGAAGACACAGGCACACAGAGACCCAGGUCUGGGCGGCUCAGCUCCAGGAGGCGGCCCCUCCUCUGCCCACAGCAGGGCCCAUGCAAGGUGUGGAGAGACGUGGUCCCCGCUCCACCUGCAGGGCCCAGGAGGGGGCCAGGAGGGGACCCAGUAGAGGGACCAGGAGGGGGGGACCCCGGAGGGGACCCAGUAGGGGGGCCAGAAGGGGGCCAGGAGGGGACCCUGUCAUACCAGCAGCCAGGCUAGCAGAGGCCCCCGCUCAGGCGGUGGGGGUGGAGGAGUCCUGCCGACCACUGGCUUCUCCUCACUGAACUGCAAAGCCUCCCGGAUCAAACCACACCUCCUCAUGACCGCCACCCUCUGGACACUGCCCUUGGCCCAGAGGCACUGGGGUUUGAGGGCUGCAGCCCCUUUCAAAGGGCAUCACCUGCUAAGGUCCAGAGGCCCAGCCCACGGAGGCGGCUUCUGCCUCACGGCCUGGGUCGUGGCUGGGGACUGCGUGGCCACGCCCCCGUCCGGCUGUGCCGCACCCCAGGGCUCCACCAGCUCCCCCCCCACCCCCCCGGGAAGCUCAGGGGCAGGGGUGGGUCUUCCCGAUCCAGGGUGGCUGAAGCCUGAAAGCAGGAGUGUGCUUAGCGAGGCUCUGUUCCGUGAACACGUGCUAAAGAGAGAGUAAGAGAGCUCAGCGCCUGGCCGUCUGGGUGGGUCUAGGGCACGGCGGGGCCUGGGGCAGCAGGGGCUGGCACAGACCCGCGUGUCUCAAGGCCGACUGCGCUCGAUCCCCCUGCUGAUCCACAGGCGGCACUUGGGACUCGCAGGGCUGCUGUCUGACAGCAGAGAGGCAGGAACCCAGCUUUGUUCCACUUGAGAGGGCCCUUCGGCUGCUGCCACUUAAAUCGCUACUGCAGUUUCCCUGUAGUUUUCUUCACUGAGACAGCCAUGCUUUCUAUAUAUAAAAUUUGACACCAGCACAUUCGUGGCAUUACACGUAUUUAAUGUAUUUGCAGCUCAGGGCAGGUUUAUCUACGUGUGUGUCAGGGGCGCGGCCCUCUAGGGGGAGGCCCAGGUGCCUCCAGUGGGCAGGGCCGGCCGCGCUGGCGGUGGCUGCGGUCCCUGCCUUCCUCGGCGCCAGGCCCUCUGGAAAACGCUGCGGCCGGCUCAGGGUGUUUUAGCAAAGAUCCGCAGGAAAAGCCUCCCCGCGCCGUGGGAGGGGGCGAAGGAGCAGAGUGCUACCCCGCAACUGGGUUUCACCCAGAGGGACACCUUCUCAAGUCUUUGACCCAAGAGGAAACGGAGACAUGGGUGCCCGGCGGACCCGUGGGCCCAUCCUGGGGUGCAGAGGGGGCCCCGGCACCGGGCCCAGCCCCUCCCCUCCCCCAGGGGCCGUGGGCGCAGCACGGGCCCCGCAGGCUCAGA